CAACACACAAACCAACCGAGAAAGUUUUCCGAAGACAAAAACCUCACCGGAAAAUAGGAAACGCAGAAAAUAAAAUGCCUUGCGCUCUAGUCGCACCAAACUCUCCGAUCUUCUCGCCGUCGAAAAUUCCGUCGAUUUUCUGCCGGUCAUCUUCUUCUUCUCCUAGGCUUCUCCAUGUCCCACCCCCGACGCCGUCGUCACGGUCCAGUAACAACCCACUGUCGUCGCCGAAGGCUUUCCAGGCGAGGUUUCAGAGCCCGAGGCAUGUGAUUAGUAACCACACGAAGGAGCCGUCGGGUUUGGGCUCGGGUCCGGGUUUGGCGCUGAAGAGAAAGAGGCCGAUGAGGAUUGAUAUUCCGAUUGCGCCGGUGAGUUUCGCCGUUGACUCGCCGAAGGCCGAGGAGAGAGUUGAGGCUGUGGAGGUUGAUGAAGAUGGAUAUUCGGUUUAUUGCAAACGAGGCAAAAGAGGUCUCAUGGAGGAUCGCUACUCCGCCAUGGUUGAUUCCACACAGGCGUUGUUUGGUGUGUUUGAUGGGCAUGGAGGUUCAAAGGCAGCUGAAUUUGCAGCCAAGAACUUGGAUAAGAACAUCGCGGAUCGUUUGGCGAGUGGAGGAGAGGAGAAAGUGAUGGAAGCAGUGAAAGAAGGUUAUUUGGCCACUGAUGCUGAGUUUUUGAAAGAGGAUGUUAGUGGUGGUGCUUGCUGUGUGACUGCUUUGGUGCAAAAGGGUAACCUGGUGGUGUCGAAUGCUGGUGAUUGUCGCGCUGUGAUGAGCCGAGGAGGGGUUGCUGAAGCCCUUACGUCUGAUCAUCAUCCUUGUAGAACAGAUGAAAGAGCGAGAAUUGAGAGCUCGGGUGGUUAUGUGGAUUAUUGCCACGGUGUUUGGAGAAUACAAGGUUCUCUUGCAGUUUCAAGAGGAAUUGGAGAUCGCCAGCUAAAGCAAUGGGUUAUAGCAGAACCAGAGACUAAAGUUUUAAAAAUCAAUCCUGAAUGCGAGUUCUUAAUGUUAGCAUCUGACGGUCUUUGGGACAAGGUUACUAAUCAAGAGGCAGUUGACAUAGUUCGCCCUCUAUGUGUUGGAAUUGAUAACCCAGAGCUGUUUUCGGCUUGUAAAAAGCUGGUUGAUCUGUCAAUCAGUAGAGGUUCCAUGGACGAUACAAGCGUGAUGAUAAUCCAAUUAGGCCGUUUUGUUUCAUGAUUCACUUUUAGGGAAAAGGAGAUUCAGAUUGUGACACCUGACUUUUCUUCCAAUGCAAGUGAGAUUUAGACUGACCUUGCAGCUUGAGAAGCUAGAAAGACUACUCAUCUGCCAAUGACAUUUAGAUUAUGCCGCUGAUAUUCCCUUUUAGUACGUACUGACAAUAUACAAAGAAGAAUUGCAGUACACUGUAAUUUUUUUCUUAACAGUAGAACAGAAGUAUCAGAAACACAUUACAGAUUGUGUUGCUUGUAAAUUUUCACUUCUAAGUUAUAAUAUAUGAUCAAAUUUUUACCCUUUUUUCCAA